AUGACGGAACCCAAGUUACUUUAUAAAAACACACUCGAAUCCGAAAGCGAUGUCGCAGAUUGGAUUCCAGAGGGGCCAGUCAAAGUCAAGUCCGUGACAACUGACGACAAGAAUUCAAUUGAGCUGUCUUCUGCUGGUGAUUUGAACGAUCAUUUUACUUUCUGGUGCCCGGAGAAAUUUCCCUCCAAGAUCCGAAUCAAAUGGGAAUUUUCACCCAUUUUUGAGCCUGGCCUGGCUAUGCUCUUCUUCGGAGCGGCGCCGGCAGCCCCUGAAUCUGGAGAUUCAUCCAUCUUCUCACCAUCCCUUGCUCACCGCGACGGCGCGUACCCCCAGUAUCAUUCCAGUGAUAUCCGUACACUGCACAUCUCGUACUUCCGACGCCGAUGGGAGAACGAGCGCGCCUUUCAUACAUGCAACCUGCGUAAAAGCCCAGGAUUCCACCUCGUGGCUCAGGGCGCGGACCCACUGCCACCGGUUGAGGAUGCGCGAGGUGCCUUUUAUCGUAUUGAGGUCAUCAAGGAUGACCAAAAAAUCCGAUUCUCUAUCAAUGACUUGCCCUUGUUUGAAUGGGUGGACGAUGAUGGGAAAACAGGCCCAGUAGUGGGGGAUGGGGCCAUCGGUUUCCGACAGAUGGCACCGCUAGUUGCACAGUACCGAAAUCUGGAGGUUUGGGAGCUUUGA